AUGGCUAUCGGACAGAACUCCAAGCAGCAGGCCGACCAGAACUCCGGCGACAAUGCCGGCAAGGACAAGUCGGGCAACCCCAUGCGCGAGCUCCGCAUCUCCAAGCUCGUCCUGAACAUCUCGGUUGGUGAGUCUGGUGACAGACUUACUCGUGCCGCCAAGGUUCUCGAGCAGCUGUCUGGUCAGACCCCCGUCUACUCCAAGGCCCGCUACACUGUCCGUACCUUCGGUAUCCGCCGUAACGAGAAGAUCGCUGUUCACGUCACCGUCCGUGGCCCCAAGGCUGAGGAGAUCAUCGAGCGUGGUCUUAAGGUCAAGGAGUACGAGCUCCGCAAGCGCAACUUCUCCGAGACCGGCAACUUCGGUUUCGGUAUCAACGAGCACAUCGAUCUCGGUAUCAAGUACGACCCUGGUAUCGGUAUCUACGGUAUGGACUUCUACUGCUGCAUGGAGCGUCCCGGUGAGCGUGUCGCUCGUCGCCGCCGUUGCAAGACCAAGGUUGGUGCCUCUCACCGCAUCAACCAGGCCGAGACCGUCAAGUGGUUCAAGAACAGAUUCGAGGGUAUUGUCCGAUAA